UAAGUAGUAACAAACCAAAACAGAACGAUAACCUCAAGAAUAGUCUGUUGAAUACAGAAUUGUACUGUUUGUUUAUGAAACAUUGUUGUAUCGUUGUAUCUUCUUUGUUUUGCUUACAUAUUGUAAUUAGUUAUUUUAAUGUUUUAUAACGUUACAGUUUAAUAAAUUAUCGCGUCCUUGGAAGAACUUCUCACGUUAGUUCAGUAUAUCAACAGUUUAAAAUGGAAGAGGCGGAUAGGGAACAGGAUAAGAAAUUGAGAGAAAUAUUUGAGGAGGGACAUGUUAUAUAUGAAGAAAUUUUAAAUACCGAUCAACCUACAAACAGCGGUGACAUUCAGGUUAAAAUCCGGCGAGCAAUGAAGCUGUUUGAAGAUGCAACAAAACUGGCCUCCAUAACAUCAAUGUUUAGUUCCAAUGAGUCAGUGGAAGAAGUUGCUACUCAAGAUUUGCAGUUCUUUCUACUUCCUUCCCUGCUGGGGAAUCUGACUCAAAAAUUAUCAGUGACGGAUAGAAUAGAAGUUGUAGAGACUGCGGAUAUCUAUUUUAGAGAUUUUCUACAGCGUUGCAAGGACUACGGUAUUACAGACGUGGACAUUCCUCAGCCUAACGUGUCAGAGGAGGAUAACGGAGACGAUACACUUGCCCAGUCAAGCCGCCAAUUGACUCCUGCCCAGGGUUUGAUAGCAUCAGCACGCAAUAGAGCUUCCAAAAUAGAACAGUUUAAAGAACAAAAAGCACUCGAGGCACAGUUAAAGGCGAUGAAGGAGAAUGUGACUGCAAAUGUAGAUGAUGAGAUUAAAAGAAAAUACUACCUGACAUUAAUUAAGUGUCAUAUUAACGAAUGUCUGAGCGAGUUAGAUUCAUUACAGUCGGAAAAGGAAAUUUUAAAAUAUAUGGCAAAAAUGAGAACAGGAGGUAGUCUGAGUGCAAAUGAAAUUCAAGACAAAUUGUCCAAGGGUCCCAAGCCUAAACCAUUAAAAGCUAUUAUACUGACAAAAGAUGAGGUUCAAAAAAAGGUAUUUGGAGCCGGCUAUCCAAGUCUUCCAUCCAUGACCGUGAAAGAGUUCUACGAUCAACGAGUUAAAGACGGGAUAUUCCCUGAUGCAGCCACAGUCCAGGCGCGUUGUCUGCAGGAUCUGGCAAGUCAGCAAAAUGCAGAGGCCAUUGCAGAUGAGGAAGCUGCGGAGAGUGAGAGGAGAGUGGAGGAGGAUGAUGAGGAGACACUGAUGAGGGCGAGGGAGAUGGACGAAUACAAAGAUAAUCACCGGCGUGGUUGGGGAAAUCGAUACAACCGCAGCUAACCUCUCGGCACUGUCUUGUACAUAAAUUUAUUUAAAUUGAAUCCGUCAACUGAGUAUUAGUGUUUGUACAAUAAAUUGUUAGAUGUUUACAAA